GAAUCUUUUUUCUCAAAAAGGCCAGUUCCAAAUACAACUCGCUUGCUCUCCCUUUCUCUCUGAACUGCUACAAUUAUAUAUGUGCUCUAUUAGAUAUGCUUAUUAGGUCUUAGCUUCCGAAUCCAACAUGAAAUUCCUUUCGGUUAUCUCCCUUUUUAUUAUUGCUAUGAUUCUUGGUUUGUGCUCAUUGAUUCAUGCACAGCAGCCUUAUGUGGCAAAAGCUACAACAAAUUGUUCCAACACUGGCAAUUCAGCUCUUGGAUACUCCUGCAAUGGCCUAAAUAGAACUUGCCAAGCUUACCUUAUCUUCAGAUCGAAACCUCCUUAUAAUACUGUUGCUUCCAUUUCUACCCUUUUGAGCUCUGACCCAUCUCAGCUUUCUGCAAUAAACGAAGUUUCUGAAACCGCAUCAUUUGAUACUAACAAGAUGGUGAUAGUUCCCGUCAAUUGCUCAUGUUCAGGUGAUUACUAUCAGUUCAACACAACUUAUGUUGCGCAGAACGGAGAUUCGUUUUUCUGGAUUGCAAAUAACACUUAUCAAGGCCUCUCAACCUGUCAAGCUGUUCGGGAUCAGAACAGAAGGCAAACUACUGAUAUUGUUCCAGGUGAAAGACUUAACGUUCCUCUUAGAUGUGCUUGCCCUACAAAGAAUCAAACUGAUAUUGGUAUCAAGUAUCUAUUAAGUUAUAUAAUCAAGUGGGGUGAUACAGUUUCAGGGGUUAGUAUACAAUUUGGUGCAGAUACUGAAAGAACUCUAGAAGCUAAUACACCACUUAGUUUGUCAAAUCCCACCAUUUUUCCUUUCACGACGCUUCUAAUACCUUUGCAAAACCCACCAUCAAGUAACCAAACAAUAUCACCACCUCCAUCUCCAGCUUCGCCUCCGCCUCCGCCUCAGCCUCCAUCUGCAUCACCAAACUCUAAUAAUAGCUCAAACAAGACAUGGGUUUAUGUCCUUGUUGGUGUUCUUGGAGGAAUUGUCCUCACCUUUAUUAUUGGAAGCAUUAUUUUCUUCGCAGUCUUUCAUAAAAGUGAAACUAGGAAGAAAUCUGAACCCAUUUUUGUCUCUGAAAGCUUUGGGGCGCAAGAGAAACCACUUAACAAGAAGUUGGAUGAAGAAUCUCAGGAUUUCUUGGAUAGCAUUUCUAGUAUAGCUCAAUCCAUUAAGGUGUACAAGUUGAAAGAGCUGGAAGCUGCGACUGAUAAUUUUAAUCCAAGUUGUUGGAUUAAAGGAUCGGUUUAUCGCGGUUUAAUUAAUGGUGAUUAUGCUGCUAUUAAGAAAGUAAAUGGUGAUGUAUCAAAGGAGAUAGAUUUAUUGAACAAGAUAAAUCAUUUUAAUCUUAUUCGCCUUUCUGGUGUUUGUUUCAGUGAUGGUCAUUGGUAUCUGGUUUAUGAGUAUGCUACUAAUGGACCCUUGAGCGAUUGGAUCUACAGCAGUAACAGUGAUGGGAAAUUCUUGAAUUGGACGCAAAGAGUACAGAUUGCUUUAGAUGUGGCUACAGGGCUUAACUAUCUACAUAGUUUUACUACUCCUCCUCAUGUCCAUAAAGAUAUAAAAAGUAGUAACGUUCUUCUUGACAGUGAUUUUAGAGCAAAGAUUGCAAAUCUUGCUAUGGCAAGGUCUGCAGAAGGCCAAGAAGGGGAAUUUGCUUUGACAAGGCAUAUUAUUGGAACAAAAGGUUACAUGGCUCCUGAGUAUUUGGAAAAUGGUCUUGUCUCUACAAAGCUUGAUGUGUAUGCGUUUGGGGUUCUUAUUUUGGAGAUAGUUAGUGGAAAAGAAGUUGCUGCCUUAUACUCAGAGGAAAAUAUGAACUUAUCAGAUGUUUUAAAUGAUGCUCUUUCUGAGACAAAUGGAAAGGACAGUUUGAGGCAAUUCAUUGAUCCUUCUUUGCAAGGGAAUUAUCCUUUGGAACUCACUAUUCUUAUUUUGAGAUUGAUUGAUAGUUGCUUGAGUAAAAACCCAUCAGAUCGUCCUGCCAUGGAUGAAAUAACUCAGUCUCUCUCGAGAAUCCUGACCACUUCACUUAACUGGGAAUCAUCGGUUGUCUCAGGAUACCAGUACAGCAGAAGCUCUUGAAAGCAAUGUGCAUUAAAUGAAUUUUGUUACCUAUUUUUUUCAAGUUUUCAUUUUCAUUUUCCUUUUUUAGUUGUCCCUUUCUUUGUUCCAAUAGUAAAGUCCUAUUCAAGAUUGUAAAAUCAUAAUGGGAAAUGAGCUAUAUAUCUUCAAAUAUGUUAUCACUUUCAGUAAAUUUCUCUGUAUACAAACAAGUUCUAUUUUAGAUUUA